AUUGCAAGAUUUCUAGGGAGGGCAUUCAAGCCAACAUUAUUCACGCAUUUCACUACCUCUCAAGCCUGGGUCGUACUCCUACUUUCAGGAUCCUAUAGCUCGCUGAUCACGCUCAGCUAUCGCAGUUUUGGCGGUUUUGAACUUCAGGGAUUUGGGUUUCAGUAUUUUGUGGGAGCAUCAUUCAUAUCUCAUCCAUUACAAUCGGGGGUUGCUGAUUUUCUGGGUGUAGUCUUAGGCAACUGUAAUGGAUUCUUGCUGUUUGACCUUGAAACCCAAUACCUAUAUGGCAAAAGCAAUCAAAGGUAGUCUCAGUCAUGGAAAUAAUGGGCUUUUGGGGGAGAGGAUCACAGGGAGCCUGAGUAACAAUGUAUGGGCUAAUCAGAUGGCGAAAAGUUUGAGAAAUGAGAAGAAUGUCACGAAGCUCAAACCUGGUGUUGCUUUUGCUGUAAUUACUUCCAAUAAUGCCCAAGAGGCUGUGACCAUAGAAGCACCACCCUAUCAUAGACGAAAAGCAGACCCAAAAAAUGUGGCUUCGAUCAUAUUAGGAGGGGGCGCAGGGACUCAACUCUUUCCUCUUACAAGAAGAGCAGCGACACCUGCUGUUCCUGUGGGGGGGUGCUAUAGGCUUAUAGACAUACCUAUGAGCAAUUGUAUCAACAGUGGCGUUGACAAGAUUUGUGUACUCACUCAGUUCAACUCUGCCUCCCUCAAUCGACACAUUUCUCGUACCUAUUUUGGAAAUGGUAUUAACUUUGGGGAUGGAUUUGUGGAGGUUCUGGCAGCCACUCAGACACCAGGGGAAGCAGGAAUGAAGUGGUUCCAGGGAACAGCUGAUGCUGUGAGGCAAUUUUUGUGGGUAUUUGAGGAUGCCAAGAAUAGAAACAUCGAGAAUAUAUUGAUCUUGUGUGGGGAUCAUCUGUACCGAAUGGAUUAUACGGACUUAUUGCAGAGCCAUGUCGAGCAAAAUGCUGAUAUUACGAUAUCAUGUGCAGUGGUUGGUGACAGCCGUGCAUCAGACUAUGGAUUGGUGAAGAUAGACAGCAGAGGCCGUAUUGUGCAUUUUGCUGAAAAACCAAGGGGAGCUGACCUGAAAGCAAUGCAAGUGGACACUCGUCUUCUGGGGUUGUCCCCGCAAGAUGCUGUGAAAGCCCCAUAUAUUGCUUCAAUGGGAGUAUACGUCUUUAAGACGGAUAUUUUACUGAAGCUUUUGAGGUGGAGAUAUCCUACAGCAAAUGACUUUGGAUCUGAAAUCAUUCCAGCAGCUGUGAAGGAGCAUAAUGUCCAAUCUUUCAUAUUUAGAGAUUAUUGGGAAGAUAUUGGAACCAUAAAGUCCUUCUUUGAUGCUAAUUUGGCCCUUACCGAGGAGUCUCCAAGUUUCGAAUUUUAUGACCCCAAGACACCCUUUUACACAUCUCCUUUAUUCUUACCACCAACAAAGAUUGACAAUUGUCGGAUUGUGGAUGCAAUAAUCUCACAUGGAUGUUUCUUGAGAGAAUGCAGAGUUGAACAUUCAAUAGUUGGUGAACGCUCAAGAAUAGAUUAUGGUGUUGAGCUCAAAGAUACCGUGAUGAUGGGUGCAGACUAUUACCAAACUGAAUCUGAAAUUGCCUCUCUCUUGGCAGAGGGGAAGGUCCCAAUAGGGGUUGGACAGAAUACAAAAAUUAGGAACUGCAUAAUCGACAAGAACGCAAAGAUUGGGAAAGGAGUUAUCAUCAUGAAUAAAGAUGGUGUUCAAGAAGCCGAUAGGCCAGAAGAUGGAUUUUACAUUCGGUCAGGAAUCACCGUUAUCCUGGAGAAGGCGAAAAUAGAAGAUGGCUCAGUUAUAUAAAUGGAUCUCAAGUACUUUCUUUCAGAGACUGGAUGGGUGCCUCAUUAUCAAGGAAAGAAGCAAACAACAGCCAGCUUUCUUACUGCAUCUUAAAAAAGGAUUGGCUUAUUAGCCUGUAAGAGUUGGCAGAUGCAAGAAGUAAAUAAAUAAAGCAGAACGCUAGCUGGUUGUCUGGGUGGGCAGGUGGCUGCCUUCUUCCUUUUUAUUGGGUUUUCAUCAAAGCCAGACAGACACUCUCUGUAUCCAUACUGAUCAGGAAUAAUGGUAUCGAUGAGUUUACUCGUACCACUAUCAAAUUUUCUAUGUUAGUACAUGAAAAAUAUGUAACUAUAAAAGAUGAUCUCUUUAUUUA